AUGCCUUUAAAUGCAUCGAAUGUAUCCAACAGAAGUAAGGAUGAUGUGAUCAUCGAGGAUGGGUAUACAGCAUCUUCAUCGUUAUCGUCAUCCUCAUUAUCGUUAUUAAGGGCAGGUGAUAGUAAAAGCUGCAGUAGCUGUUCAAUAGAAGCAGCAACUCCAUGGAAACAAGAUACAUCCUCAUCAUCAACAUCAGAUGACUUCAUAAUUCCUAUUCGGAAUGGUAGGAGCAACUCUCGCCAAUUCAUAAAAACACCAUCCUUUUCAUCCCUUUCAACAAUAAUAGAUUCUUCACUUCCAUCAACGCCUAAAUCAUUGCCUUCAUCACCAUCAUCAUUACAAAAUCAUCAAGAAGGAACAGAACCACCUCUUACUGAUACUCUCCUAGUUAAAUCGAUGAGCGAAUGUAAGAAUGACAUGGAGAGGGGCAUGUUGAACAUGUUGGCUGAUAAGAAGAAUCUUCAGAGAUUGGUCGGAAUUCUCUUCAUCUUUGCCACUCUACAAAGUGUUCAACAAAUGACACUCUAUGAAAAUUUAUUGAAUAUUGCCUUUUUCCUUGUUCAGUGCCUUAAUAAUUAUUUAAGACAAACUAAUAAUGAUACAGCUCUCACCUAUGAGGAAUCAUUCAAACAUUUGGAUAAAAGAGAAAUUAUAAGAACUGUUUUUUCAAUGGUCAUGUACACUUUGAGAAUGAUGUAUCUUCCCAAACACAAGAUGAUUUUCCUUCCAGUGCUUUUUAUUUGGUUUGCAGGAGCUAACAAACUAUAUAUCUACUCUACAUUUUGGGGAUUACUACCCACUUACUAUGCUUCAGUGAUGUAUAUAUCGUUGGCUUGCUAUUUUGGAUUUUAUGAAUUGUUAGAGAAUGGGUACACUGAGACAUUUCUAAAUUUAAUGAUGGAUUACUUUAUUUUGGUGGCUGUGGUGUGGAUGUGGACAUAUUAUCUGGUUAAUGUAACUGGAUUCUUGAAACACAAAGUGGACAAACUGAAGGAAACAAGGAAACGUUUGGAAAGUGCUUUGGAAGCACGAAGUAGAUUCAUUGCACAUGUGAGUCAUGAAUUCCGUUGUCCAAUCAUGUCCAGCAUUGGGUGUUUAGAAUUGUUGAAAGAAACUCCUCUGAAUGAGAAACAAAAUGAUCUCGUAGAUACAAUAGUUUCAUCGAAUAGUGUCAUUCUUCUAUUGAUUGAAGACAUUUUACAAAUUGUUAAAAUUGAACAUGAAAGUAAGGGUGCAAAGAAGGAAGAUACAAAUAUUCAACCUUUCAAUAUUUUCGAAUCAUUGAAAUCGCUGAAAGGAAUAAUUUCUGGUUAUGCUUCGAAUUUUAAGGUUAAGCUUAAUUUGGAAAUUGAUGAAGGAAUUAAGAACUUGACAGUUUUAUCAAAUCCUUCAAAGAUCCAUCAAAUACUUUCUAAUUUGCUGACGAAUGCAGUGAAAGCAUCAAAGAAAGAUGAUGAUGUUUGGCUUAAAUGCAAUAUUUUGGAAAAGAAAGAUGAUGAAACUGUAAAGAUUAGAUUUACUUGUCAAGAUUUUGGAUGUGGAAUUCCUCCUAAUUUGUUGGAAUCUAUAUUUGAACCCUUUGUACAAUUGCAAAAUAAUUCACAAUCAAAAGUACCUAGCUCUGGGCUAGGAUUGACUACAGUAUCUCAUUUAAUCAAGACAUUGAAUGGAACUAUUAACGUUGAAUCACAGGUUGGAAUAGGAAGCUCAUUUACAGUUGACUUGGCUUUUAAAAUUGUUCCAAACGAGGUAAAAUAUAAAGUUCAAGAAAAUGUUGUUGUAGAAGAAAAGAGAUCGAAACUACACUUGAACGUUCACAAGAAUUACUUGAACCUGAUGUCACAUUUAGAAGAAGGUGAAAAGGAAAUGGAAGAAACUCCAAAAUUCAAUUCCAAUGUUUUGAUAGCUGAAGAUAAUCCAAUCAAUAGAAAAGUUAUUGUAAAGAUGAUUAAUAGUAUGGGAAGUGAAACUGAUUUUGUUUGUGAUGGAAAGGAAUUGGUUGAAAAGUUUAAUCCAAGCACUCACAAAGUUGUAUUUACUGAUAUGGUAGGUAGCUCAAAUUUCGUUUUUUAA